UGUAGAAACGCGACACUUGCGAGGCGGCACACGGGAGUCGGUGACGGUGCGGCGGCUGACAGCCAUCUAGUCUCCGCUGAACGAUGGCAGAAGCGGAGGAGCGAAGUGCCGUCGACAGUGGCGGCGCGUGGACUGACGAAUUGCUGAGCCCUUCUGAACUGUUUUCAGUCCGAACACGAGACCACAAGAUUCCUACUCGUGGCCAGAAGGAAUUUCUAUAUGAUGGGUCAGAGGAGCAGGUAGAAAGACUGCAAUGUAGCCUGGGAGAACACUGGAAACUGCUCUCAGAGGAGCGGGUUGAGAGACAAGGCAGCCUUGUGAAAGCUGAAUGGAAACCUGAGGAUGUUACAGUGGCGCUGAAGACUCCUGCAGGUAAAUUCUGGCAGACAAUGGGCUAUGCUGAUGAAGGAAAGCAGUUUCUCCUGCCAGAGGAAGCCCUGUUCCUAAUGGAAUGUGGAAGCGUCGAGGUGUUUUACAGGGAUUUGCCUCUGUCCAUACAAGAAGGGUAUGAGCUGCUGUUGGGUGACAAGACCAUCUCCUUGCUAGAGUACCUGGUGUUCAGCCAUUUGAAGAGACUGGGUUAUAUAGUGAACAGAUUUGAUUCAAGUGCUGUUCCUUCCGUUUAUGAGAGACGACUAAACCUGGUGCACAAGCGUGAAAAGCAGAGCAAGCAGCAGCGCAAACGGAAGAGAAGUGUCAGUGCCAGCAGGUCGAAUGAUAUUUCAGAAGGCCAGCCAGAUAGCCAAGAUGUUCAAAACAGAAGGGAAAAAGCAGGUGAUGAUGCUUUCAUGGAAGGCACUUCCAGUGAUUCUCAAAAAGCGGUUGGCAUGAACUAUUUCUCCUCUUCAGCAGUUAGCAGUGAGGAAGAGUGCCAUGAGUUGCCUUCAAAUUCUGAGCAAAAAAGGCCGGAUUGGUGGGAAAAAAAAUUGGAGGAAGCACCAAGUCCUGGCAGACCUGUUUAUUCUAAGCAGUCGGCUGGCAAAUGUGACUUAAACAAAGUGCUUUUCCCAAACCUUGGCCGAGACUGUCUUCACACCAACCUUGAGGUUCCCGACGCCUGCUUACUGCCAAGUAACGUGACUGCCACAGCUUGUGACAUUUCUUCCUGGCGGGAGAAGCUAAACAUGCGACAGAUGCGGCUUACAAGGCGGGAGAGGGAAGAGCUUGAGAAAAAGAAGAAGUACAAGAGAGGAGUGAAUGAAGACAAGGAGGUUCGGGCCUGCAAGAACUGGCAGGAAUACAAGCAGCUAUUGGAGAGGCGGAGUCAGAGCAGCUCCAAACAACGGCCCGCCCAUUUGUGGAACGAUGUCAUCUGUCCACUUGUGACUCCGGGACAGGUUAGCUCAACAGGUGAUCUUCUGCAGCAAAUCAGUGUCAUGCAAGCAUCCCACCUGGUUGAUGAUGCAGUAGGACUUGUGGAAGACGCUUGUGACAAAAGGAUCACUUUUGAUGUUUACCAAGCAGAUACAGCAUUUGAUUUCAAGAAAUCAGACCCGGGGAAACCUUAUUCUAGGAUAUCUGUCUGCAGCUUUGAAGAUCCCGUACCAAGUCUGCACACCUUGAAAAGACUUGCACAACAGAGUGGCGAUGUCCCGGUGACCUUUGCUGUGGUGGAUAAUGGAGAUAUUUCUUUUUAUUCUUUCAAAGAUUUUUGGCUUCCCACAGACGUCUGGCAGUGAUGUUUCAUAAAAUCUGGAAGGAAAGUGUGAGGGACUGACUUUUGGAGAGCUUGGCAGCAGCUUUGAUUAAUGAGUUAAUAAAUUCUUUCUGGGUAUUUCUGGGUGAGAAGGUGACUGGACAUAAUUCAUUGAAAUGAUUUUUGCAUUCUUUUCAUAUAUUUGGGCUAUGCAGGAAAUGGUAGAAUAGCUUUAACUUUUGUAUCAUCUUAAUAAAGGGAGGAAUUUGCUUUUUUUAUAUAA